ACGGGCUGGACGCGUCCGCUUGGUACAACGGCCGGUGCACCGGAGGACUGACCCGGGGACUACAAGACCGGGAAGGCGGCUGACAGGCGUUCACAGCGAGACUCUCCCCGGGGACAACGCUCCUGCCAGAAAACCGCGGCGAAAAGCAGCGAAGCGAGCGGUCGACGAUCCGCUGCUUCUCCUUCCUCUCAUCUCUCCUCUCCUCCUCUCUCCUCCGCCGCAAGAGAAACACCGAGGCGUCAGCGAUGUCGCUGCUAAACGUGUAGGAUUUAUCCCCGCGGUCCUUUUUGUUUUGUUUGUAUCGACUGUAAAUACGCCCGAGCAGAGACCCGACGCGGCGGCAGCGGGGUUCACUAUGGUUCUCCUGGGGGUGCGCGACAGGAGACGUCUCCGCGGCUGCUGUGUGGGGACGCUGUGCUUGCAGCUGCUGCUGUGGAUUUUAUGCGCGGUGAACGGCGAGGAGCAGCCGUUCAGCGUCGAGUCAUGGCUCCAGAGGUACGGCUACCUUCCUCCCGCAGACCCCAGGAUGUCGGUGCUGCGUUCUGCUCGAGUCAUGCAGUCCGCUAUCGCUGCCAUGCAGCGCCGCUACGGCCUCAAUGUCACGGGCUCUCUGGACAGCAGCACGAUAGGCGAUAACACGAUAAGGUGGAUGAAGAAGCCAAGAUGUGGGGUCCCUGACCAGAUAGGAGGCGCAUCCAAAUUCAGUGUCAGGAAACGGCGGUACGCCCUCACCGGACAGAAGUGGCAACACAAACACAUCACGUACAGCAUAAAGAACGUGACGCCCAAAGUGGGCGCGGAAGAGACCCACGACGCCAUUCGCCGGGCCUUCGACGUCUGGCAAAAUGUGACGCCGCUGCGCUUCGAGGCGGUGCCCUACAGCGAGCUGGAGCGCACCAAGAAGGACGUGGACAUCACCAUCAUCUUCGCUUCGGGUUUCCACGGCGACAGCUCGCCGUUUGACGGCGAAGGCGGCUUCCUGGCCCACGCCUACUUCCCAGGGCCGGGAAUAGGGGGCGACACACACUUUGACUCGGACGAACCGUGGACACUGGGCAACCCCAACCAUGACGGUAACGACUUGUUCCUGGUGGCGGUCCAUGAGCUCGGCCACGCACUCGGCCUCGAACACUCCAACGACCCCACGGCCAUCAUGGCUCCUUUCUACCAGUACAUGGACACCGACAACUUCAAACUGCCCAUGGACGACCUGCUGGGCAUCCAGAAGAUUUAUGGGCCUCCUGAUAGACUUCCCCAGCCCACCAAGCCGUUGCCGACGGCGCCCCCUCCCCGCUCCCUUCCUCCAUCGGACCCCCGGAAACCGGACAGGCAGACACGACCUCCGAGGCUGCCCCCAGGAGACAGGCCGUCCCACCCAAACGCUAAACCCAACAUCUGCGAUGGGGGCUACAACACCCUUGCCAUACUGAGGAGAGAGAUGUUCGUCUUCAAGGAUCACUGGUUUUGGCGGGUGAGAGAUAACUCGGUCAUGCCGGGAUACCCCAUGCUCAUCAGCGUCUUCUGGAGAGGCCUCCCGCCCAAGAUAGACGCCGUCUACGAGAACAGCGAGGGCAAGUUUGUCUUCUUCAAAGGGAAACAGUUCUGGGUGUUUAAGGACACGGUGUUGCAGUCUGGAUACCCCAAGGACAUCUCCCAGUUCGGCCACGGCAUGCCGGCCCAGAGCAUCGAGACCGCCGUGUGGUGGGAGGACGUGGCCAAGACCUACUUCUUCAAAGGGGACAGGUACUGGCGUUACAAUGAGGAGAUGAGAACCAUGGACCCCGGCUAUCCCAAGCCCAUCACAGUGUGGAGAGGCGUGCCCGACUCGCCACAGGGGGCCUUCGUCGACAAAGCCAACGGGUUCACCUACUUCUACAAGGGUAAGGAGUACUGGAAGUUCAACAACCAGUUCCUGCGCGUGGAGCCGGGCUACCCGCGCUCCGUCCUCAAGGACUUCAUGGGCUGCGAGCUGACCCCCGUCGCCCCCGCCCGGCCGCCCGCCGACGACGGCAGCUCGGACGUGGUGAUCGAGCUGGACGACGAGGCCAACGCGGUGAAGGCCAUCGCCAUCGUCAUCCCCUGCGUGCUGGCGCUGUGCCUGCUGGUGCUGGUCUACACCGUGGUGCAGUUCAAGAGGAAGGGCACGCCGCGCCACAUACUGUACUGCAAGCGCUCCAUGCAGGAGUGGGUCUGACACGGUGGGAAGGUGGGGCGGGGGGGGAGGGGCGACCACGGGACGACAGCCCCCACUUUCACGGAGGAGGACGGUGGACUCUGGACAUCCGGUGUGACAACACGCAGCCACGCCUCCUCCUCCUGAGGGCCAUGUGGUACCUCAGAACCAACCAGCGUGACCCCAGGACUUCGACGUGGACUCCGCUAACCCUCAGCCUUUUUAACAAACGGGGGAGCAGAGGGACAGUUCGUGGGGGAUCUUUUCCUGAUGUGACAGUCGGUCCCAGUAGAAAACGAGGAGGACCAGUAUCUCUUUGUAUCUCAGAAACUUGACUUCCGAUCCCCGUUCCUCUUUUUGUUUUCUCUUCGCCAGACUGCUCUUAAUCAGAAGGAGGACUCACACGGGGGACGCCCCGCCCCCUCUUUCCACGGGGCGCUGCAUUGUCAUCCGUCAUAUCAGGUUGUUGACGAAACAACGGUUUUAUAUUUUCUGAUCUCGGUGCCCCCCACGUCGAUUCGUAAAAAGAUUUACAGUCUCAGACAAACACAAGUUAAUUACAUGACCAACCUUCAAUUCCUUUUCUGUCGGUUUCUUAAUCCUUUUAUUUUCAGUCUUUUGAGUCAGGAGGUCCUCACUGUUCCCUUUAACACGCUCCGGAGGAAGAGACCAAACGAAACCAAAUAAAAUCAAUUUCUCUCCAAAGAGGAUUACAUUUUUAUUUCAUUUUGUCUUCAUUUCUGUUCAUCCUUUCUUCCCCUCUCUGUAUCCACGCAGCGAUAGAGAGUCAGGGAGCUCUGACUGUUGUGGCAGUCUGUCUGAGACACAGGGGCCAAAUUAUUCUGCAAUAUUUUAACUCGCCUUAAUUAUCGAUCAUUCUACUUGUGCUUCGUUUUGCUGUUCUUGGAGGGUUGUUUUGUAUACCGCUUUUGUUUUAAUUUGUUGUUUGUAAUUGUUUAUUUCAUGGUUUUCAUUAUGUUACCCAGAGUUCUCAGCACUGGCUUGCUGAGCCAUUCUGGACAUAAUAUACAGUAGAGUCCGCCUGUAUUGAGAGUAAUGUAUUGUAUCUUAAGAAGACGUAGGAAGGUUCUGGAGUAAAGCCACUAUUUGUGUGUGUUAAGAUAUGUGUUACCGUUUCUUUAAUCAUUUCCAUACGACAUAAAUCAGGCUAAUUAUGAGCUUGAGAGCUUAUUAUUGGAUUUUCUGAUGAUAUUUUGUGUCCUCAGCCCAUAUUCCCGUCAGUUAGAAGACGUGUGCAUCCAAAAUGGUGACUGUAUGGUUAUUCAACCAUUUCCUAAAAUAAUCCUGUUGACUGCCUUGUUUGAGGGAGCUCACAGUUCCCAGAAUGCUCUCGCCUCCUGACUGAGGACCCACGGAGUGAGACACCGAGUCGAGAUCAGUGCCUGUGUCGACGUGCAUGAAGCAUUUACUGUCCAUCCAGUUGGUUCUGCUCGGCGUGGCUUUGUUACCCCUCAAAGGCAGAGGAGGACGUUUCCUCUUAAAAAUACUGUUUCCAUUCAUUGUUGUACAUUCAAAGUGUACCCUUCCCCCCCCCCCCUCCUUCUCCUUACCUCCUGGUACAUUGAAUACCCGGGGAAAAAAAAACUUUAAAAGAUUCAAGUGGUACAUUGUGGAAAUCUUUGAUCGAUCUGAUGCGUUCUGAUCAAAUCUAAUUGGCUUCAGUAGCCAAGUGAGCCGACGUGGCGUCACGGCGAGCGCUCUCUAAAUGUGUCUGUUCUCAUGAAUCGCAUUCUGCUUUUUUUUUUUUUUUUCCUGUUUUCCGGUCAAAACAAAUUGGACAUCUCACAAUGACUUCUUUGUGUAAGACUUUGGGACAACGGGGAAACGUGUCCUGACAGAAUGAAUAAAUUGAUCAAUAUAUGAUUAAGAGCUG